UGACCACUUCCGUGUGGGAAUGUCGUGUUGUUGUUGUUGUUUCAUGUUACAGGUCAGCUGGAAACGUCGCGCCAUUCGCUUGUUAAAUGUUAUUGUUAAUAUUACAGACUUGUGUUAUUCAGAGGACACAAAACUGGAGUCUCUAAACAGCGUUGUAGCAUGUUAGCAUUGUUUCAUUAGUGUCCGGUGAAGGCUAACGACAGCUAAUAGCUAGCAGGCUAACAAAGCAGGCUUUUUACGAUGAAGCAUUGCUAGCUUACAUGUCCACUCCCUUUAGCCAUACGAUAAAUACAUUCACUGCUACUUAUAACGAUAUCGUCGGUUUUAACUCGUUUUAAUACAAUAAAAGCGCAAUAUGGGGUAGCUAAAGUCUAUGGAUGUUGCACGCGUUGACAGUUCAUGUUUUGGACUCUGACAGUCAUCUCGGGCUGGUUACACACACCGCUUCAAUCAUAUUAUUCCACGGAGCUGAAGAUAGUCAGGGGGGCUUAACUUAAUGCUUGAGUAGAUUUAAUGUUUUGACUGCAUUAACCCAAGAGUCAUGAUAUGAUGGUGCUGCGGAGGUUACUGAGGAAGCGCUGGGUGUUGGGGGUCGUCUUUGGAUUGUCCCUCAUUUACUUCCUGACCAGCACUCUAAAACAGGAGGAGAGGUCCACACGGGAACGCACGCUCUUAGAGAUUAAAGAUUCCGACCAGCGCAUCGCCUGGAAGGUCCGCUUCAACCUUGGUAACAGCAGCAGACAGAUUACUCAGUGCAGAAAUUCCAUCCAGGGGAAGACGCUGAUCACAGACGAACUCGGUUACGUCUGCGAGAGAAAAGACUUGCUGGUCAACAGCUGCUGCAACGUGAACGCUCCGAGCACCCGGCAGUACAUUUGUAAAAGCUGCCUGGCCAACGGCUGCUGCAGCAUCUAUGAGUAUUGCGUGUCUUGCUGCCUCCAACCAGAUAAGCAACCUCUCCUCGAGCGCUUCCUGAAUCGUGCGGCUAAAGGUUUCCAGAAUCUUUUCACUGCUGUGGAGGACCACUUUGAGCUGUGCCUGGCCAAGUGCAGGACCUCCUCACAAAGCGUUCAGCAUGAAAACACGUACCGAAACCCUCAAGCAAAGUAUUGCUACGGCGAAAGUCCUCCAGAGCUCCUUCCUGUAUGAAAUGGACUUAUUUAUGUGGUUUAAGAAGAACAAUUCAAAUCAUGGGUCAGUAAAUUAAAAAAAAAAA